AUAUCCAUAUGCACAUCCAUAUACAUAUGGUAUUUUAUAUAUAUAUAUAUAUAGAUAAUAUCUCGUUGGGCGUAGUAAUAAAAGUGGUAAGUCACACUGGAGGACUAGCGUCCUCAAGCGUCACUUUUGACGAACAUUACACCUUCAAUGGUUAAGCAAAUUCCUGUGCCACAGGCAAAAUAUGAAUUGUUAACAGACGUUCGACAAUCACGUUGGAAAACACAAGUUUUAUGCUUAGUAUUGGUAUCUCUGAUAGUUGGAAUUCUUUUUGUAACACGUGCAUGGUUAGGCAUUAUUAUCCUUCAGUCUUCAAGAACUGAAACAUUUGAUACAGAAACAAUAGAUAAUGCCAAGGUUGUUACGUGGUUACGUCGGGCUCGGAUGUACGCCGAAUCGACGAAGGAGAACCAGAAUGCGAACAGGAACAACAGUAUCAGUUCGCCACAACACUUCUACACCAAUUCCUCAGGGCAGAUCAUUGUCUGUUAUUACACCAUAUCGAGCGACCUGAACACGCUCUGGGAGCUCAGUCCGUCGAACAUUGACCCUAAUCUUUGUACGCAUAUUAUCGUGGGUUUUGCGGGCGUGGUAAAUUGUAGUCUCAAUUUGGGUAAUAAUUCAUCAAUCUAUAAAGAAGUUAUUGCUUUGAAAAAGUUUCAACCUGAAUUAAGGGUCAUGAUUAGUGUUGGCGGCAAUAAUGAGCUCCACUUAGGUUUUUCAGAAAUGGUAAAAAAUCAUGCAAAUAGAAAAAGAUUUAUAAAAUCAGUUUUAAAUGUAACAAGAACAUUUGGUUUUGAUGGACUAGACUUAGAUUGGGAAUUUCCUGCAUGGCUUGGAGCUGAUGAACGAGAAAAAAUUCGUUUUGUACAAUUAUUAGAAGAAUUACGAAAAGAAUUUUACCGAGCAAAAGAAACAUUAAUUCUUUCUGUUGCAGUAGCUGCUCCACAAGCUAUUGUUGACCAAAGCUAUAUGGUUACAGAAAUGGCAAAGUACAUAGAUUUUGUGAAUUUGAUGUCAUAUGACUACCAUUUUUAUGUAUGGUAUUAUCCAAUUACCGGACUUAAUGCGCCUCUUUUCUCACGAGCUGCUGAAUCUGGUUAUCUUUCUACUCUAAAUGUUAAUUUUUCGGUUCAUUACUGGCUUUCAAAAGGAAUGCCAGGAGAAAAAUUAAUUAUUGGAAUUCCUACUUAUGGCCAUACUUAUAGAUUAGAUAAUUCGCUGAAUCAUGGUUUACUCGCACCAGCAAAUGGCUUCGGUAAAUUAGGAAAUAUGGGUUUUGUUUCUUAUCCUACAGUUUGUGAAUUCCUUCGAAAUGGUGCAAAAAGUGUUUUUGAACUUGAAAGCAAAGUUCCUUAUGCUUAUAAAGAUAAGGAAUGGAUUUCUUAUGAUGACAUUACAAGCAUCUAUUAUAAGGCUGAAUGGAUUCGAGCAAAUAAUUUUGGUGGUGCAAUGAUACUGUCUUUAAAUGUUGAUGAUUGGAAUAAUACAUGUAAAUUUAAUGAAAGCUUUCCUUUAACUCGUACUAUUAUGAAAAUCCUCAGGUAUCAAGAAAAUUAAUGCAUUUUUGAAAAACUUUUUGUUAUAAUUUACAUUCCUCAUAGAAAUAUUGCAUUCCUAAACUAUUUAAUUAAUUAUUAUUAAUUUUUAAUUAAAAUAUUUAAUUUUUCAAAAUUAUUAUUCAUUCUAAAAAUAUUAUUUAAUAUAGUAUCAUAAUAUUAUUAUGAUGAAAACAAAAAUAAUUUUAUAUACAUAAUUCUUUCUCUUUCAAAAGAACAUUUUUCAUUAUAUAAAAAUUUAUAUUUGCAAUUAUUUGCAUGUAAUAAAAUGCAAUUAUAAUUUUAAUUUAAAAAUUAAAUAUUGAAAUUAUAUAUUCUUUUUUUUAUUAUUAGAAUAUAAUAUCAUUAUAUAUCAUUUAUAGUCAUAUAUGAAAAAAAAUUAAAGAUUAAUAGUAGAAAAUUUAUUAAUAAUAUAUAUGUAUUGAUUUUGAAUGAAAAUUCUUGUAAUAUAAAUCUAAUGAUAAAGAUAGAAAUUAAUUUAUUUGUAAUAUAAAUACUUGUUAAAAAUCUUUAUGCGCAAAUAUUACUAUUUGAUUAGAUCACUUAAAUACACGUUUUUUUGGAAAGUUCUGUAAGUAUAUGCAAACGCUUAUUAUGUAUUCCAAUAAAAUAAUUAUGCAUUCCAAUAAAAUGUUUUGAAUAAAAAUUAAUUAUCAAUUGCUUAUAUAUUUGAAUAUUAAAGAUUUAUAAAUAAUAUUUUUUUUUCGAUAUAAUUAUAAUUUUUUAUUUCAAAAAUUGUAGCUGAUACAGAAACAAGUUCAAUAAUUUUCAAAUGACUUUUAAUUCAAGAACUUAAAUUUAUUUAAUAGAAAAUAAAGUAUUAAAUAUCAUUAUUAAAAAAUAAAGAAUCAAAAUUUGAGAUAUUUUAAAGAAAAUCAAUGGUAAUUUUUAAAAAUAUCUAAUAUCAAAAUAUAUAAGUAAUUGAUCUAUAAUUAACAUUUAUUCAAAACAUUUUUUUAUUAGAAUUAUUAAGAAUUUUUGAAAAAUAAUGAAUAUUAAAUAUUUAUAUGGACAUGCUAUAUAUAUUUGCAUAUAAAUAUUGCACUAUUCCUUACAGCUUAUAGUUUUCUUAUUUCAUUCUUACUGACCAAUAUUUUUUAGAACAAUGUUCCCAUUUUAUAAAUGUGCAACUUACUUAUAUCCAUUUUUUAAAUAAUUACUUCAUUGCACAUAAUUUAAUUGUGUAAUUUUAUUAAUUGUGGGCAUUUAAGUUGCAAUUAUUAAUCAUAUAUCACAAAAUUAGUAUUUAUCCUAUUUCCCAUUAUUUUUAAAAUUUAUUGUUGCUAAUAUAUUUCUUAUUCAAAUAAUUUCAUUAAUUUUUCUAUGAUACAAAAUUAUAUAUACAUAUAUAUAAUAUUAUAUGUACAAACAUGUAUCUAUUAAUUAUAAUUAGCAACAAUUAUUUUUAUUAUUUUAGUAAUAAUUAUUUUAUUUUUAUUUUACUUAUUUAUAGUUUAAUAUGCAAUUAUUGAUAUGUAUUGUUCUUAUAAAUGUUGAUAAGUGCUAAUUUAAAAAUUUAUAUAAAAAAUAAAUAAAAUUAAAACAAGAUAAAUGUUAAAUUAUAUUUAUGAAAAUAUAUAAAUAAUAAAUUAAUAAGCAUAGUAAUAGCAUAGUAAUAAUAAAUUAGUUUACAAAAAAUUAAAAUUUUUUUAAUAAAUAAAAUUUCAGAAUUUAAUAUUAGAAUAAUUUCAAGAAAUAAAAAUGUUUAGAUUAAUGAUUUUUUCUUUUUAGUAUUAUAAUUAAUUCAACAUUAGUUCUUAAAUUAGUAAAUUAUAUUAAUAUUUUGAUAUUGAAUUUGCCGUAAUUUUUUUUAUAUUAUUAUUUCUAUAUAAUUAUUGAUAUUAUUAUUAUAUAAUGAAUAUUAUAAUCAUUUUUAAAAAAUUUGCUUUAAUAGCAUUUAAAAAAAAUGAUUUGUUUUUAAAUUUAGAAAUCAAAAAUCUACAUGUGAUAGAUAUUAUGAAAUAUAUAAUUUAAUAUAUAUAAUUAUUAAAAAUAAUUAUUCUAUUUAAUUGCAUUAUAAUGAUAAUUUAAUUAAUUAAUUAAUUUUAAAAAUAUUUUUUAUUAAAUAAUUUUGAGAUGAUUAUAUUACAGUUUCUUAGAUUAAAAUUUUCAAUAUUUUUUAAAAAUUUUAAAUUAAAAAUUAAAAAGAAUUAUAUUUACAUUAUAUUGUAUAGUGAUAUACAUUUAAAAAUAUUAUAAUUUUUUUUUUUAAGAAGUUUGUUUUCAAUUUCAGUUGAAAAACAUAAUUUAAAUAAUAUUAUUUUUAAAAUUCAUGUAUUAUUUUUCUACUAAUUAAUUUGUUUAAAUUUAUUAGUUUUAAUUUUAUUAUCGAAUUAUAUAAUCAAAUGUUGAAAUAAAAUGUGCCAUAUUAUUAUAAAUUUAAAAAAUAACUUGCGUAUACUUGAAAACAUAUUUAUUAUAAUGAAAUUAAUAAAUUGAUUGUAGUAAAAUUGCUUACCACAAGGAAAAUAAGAAUUACCGUAUUAUUUAUUUAAUGUUAUAAAAAUUAAUAAAAUAUUACUAAAAAUUAUUAUUGCAAUAAAACUAUGAAAAUGAUUUGUUAUUUAAUAAAAAUUAUUUUAUUGUAAUCAAAGUCAGAUAUCAAAUAUAUAAAAAAUGUAUGCAUAUAAUUUAAUUAUAAAGAAAUAAUUUUAUUUAUUAGAUAUUAUUAUUAUUAGAAUUAAUAAAUUAAAUUAUGAAAACAUAAAAAAGAAAAAUGUUUUUAGUUUAUUAAAAUAAAUGGUAUUCUCUUAGUUUUAUUGCAGUAAAGAUAAAAAAUUCUAUAAGAUAGUUUUAAAUAUUAAAAAUUCGUCUAUGUCUGAAUAGAAUUUUUAACUUAAUUAAUGUAUGUGAUGUUUUCAUUUCACUAUGCAUAUCUUCUAUUCAUGUAAUGAAAAAUUUAAUAAAAAGUAUUAUUAAAUCAA